GCGCCUUCCCCUUUCCCGUGGGGCCAGAUCACCACUUGCAUUUUGUCCCGGGGCCCCGUUAUCCUACCUUUUCUCUAAAUGCUUGUUUUGGCCUUUGCCACCUUUGCUAGAACCAUUCAGUACGAAUUACUUAGUAAUUCAUUCAUAGCGGGCCAGGGAUUUUCUUGAAAACCACGAAUCCACUGCAGUUCUUGACUCUUGCUUCACACGCAUUCUAUCGAGGAAUUUUCAGCCUCACGAGGCAGAUUUGUAGAAUUUACAAAGGAAGCAGAUGCAGCACUGCAUGAACCACUGGAGAAGGUGCCCUGAGAACAUUGAGAAGUGUCCUAAGAAUAUUGUUUCCAAUGAGACAGGCACGGAGACUGAGGGGAAAGAGGAGGGGAACCAGGCAAGGAGCCAGUGACCUUUGAGGAUGUGGCCGUGUACUUCACCCAGAACCAGUGGGCCAGCCUGGAUCCCACACAGAGGGCCCUGUACUGGGAGGUGAUGCUGGAGAAUUAUGCAAACAUAACUUCCUUGGCAGCAUUUCCAUUCCCCAAACCAGAUCUGAUACUCCAGCUGGAGCGAGGAGAAGCACGCUGGGGCCUGGAUCCCUGGACAGCCAUUGAGGGAGAGGCCCUGGGAGGGGUCCACACAGGUGGUAAAAACAAGAACGAGAGUGAGGAGCAAAGCCCAAGACCGAACAUUUCUAAAGAAUUAGCUGCCCACAGACUGAUGGCGGGGGGCCUGCUCACAGAAGCUCCUGGGCACCCUCACCUUAAGGACAACUUAGGGAGGCCCCAGCCGUGUGACACGGGGGAGAAAACAAACCAAGGAGGUUUCACAGACUUGCUGAUGCAGGACUGCAGAUCCCCCAUCAUCAGAAGGGAGGAGGCAGGCAGGAAGCUAGAAGGGGGCACCGGUGUCAGCACCCACUUCCUGACAAAGCAGGGCCUGCCGGGAGGACAGGCGUUUUAUAAAUGCGGCAAGUGUGGCCGAUAUUUCAGCCAACAUUCAGACCUUCUGCAGCAUCAGAGGAUUCACGCUGAUGACAAGCCCUACAAGUGCAGAGAGUGUGGGAAAGCCUUCAGGUAUAACUCAAAACUCUCCCGGCACCAGAAAACCCACACCGGGGAGAAGCCUUACUCAUGUCAGGAGUGUGGACAAGCCUUCGGUCAAAAUUCCCACCUCCUUCAGCACCAGAAGCUCCACGGUGGAGAGAAGCCCUUCGGAUGUCAGGACUGUGGGAAAACCUUCAGCUACAACUCAAAACUCAUCCGGCACCAGCGAAUCCACACUGGGGAGAAACCCUUUCAGUGUCAGGACUGUGGGAAGGCUUUCCGGUGUAGCUAUGACUGCAUCGUCCAUGAGCGCAUCCACACCGGGGAGAAGCCCUACGAGUGUCAGGUGUGCGGGAAAAGUUUCAGUUCAAAUUCAGUCCUCAUUCAGCACCAGCGCAUCCACACCGGGGAGAAGCCCUACGAGUGUCAGGAGUGUGGGAAGGCCUUCCGCCGGAGCUCCGUGUUUCUCCAGCACCAGCGCAUCCACACUGGGGAGCAGCUCUACAAAUGCAAAGAGUGCUGGAAAACGUUCAGCUGUAGCUCUCGCUUUACAGUACACCAGCGAAUCCACACUGGGGAGAAGCCCUAUGGCUGCCAGGAGUGCGGGAAGGCGUUCAGUCAGAAGGUCACCCUGGUCCAGCAUCAGCGGCUCCACACUGGGGAGAGGCCUUACGAGUGUAAGAUGUGUGGGAAAGCCUUCAAGUGGAGCGCAAGUUUCAUUCAGCACCAGAAGUUGCAUGCUCGCAAGAAAGCAGCCCAAGUGACAGGGCCAGCCACCGUUGGGCCCCGCUGCUCCGCUUCUGGCCUCCCCCCUCUGCCUGCCCAGCAUGUGCGCUCUGCCCCCACUGUGCCAGGGGUGGCCCCGUCUUCCCCACACCCCGCGCUCUUUCCUCCCUCCCUGCCUCUCUUUGUGCUGCUCCCCUCAUCUGACAUGGCCAGUUCUUCCCCUGUUCAAAUAGUGCAUUUCUUUCAGGAUCUCACUUCCCCUGGGAGCCUGAAUCCUUUGUCCCACUCCCCAUGAGCUCCCUAUGUGCUCGACCACCCACCUACCUAGAGUUGUCAGUUUCCCCGGGCUCCUGACCAUGCCUGUGUUGUUUCUCUUAUGGGUCUGUGUAGUCAUUAUUGUUUUCCCAACUCCAUUUGUGUUUUUAUGCAUAAGAAUCAUGUUUGAUUCCUCUUUUCAGUCCCCUGGGUAGAAAAUGGUAGGAGUUGUCCUUUAUGGUGUCCAAUUUGGGCCUGUACCAUCAGUCUGCACCUGCCUUCUCUACUAGAUUUGGUCGAGUUUACAGAACAUUCCGGGGCUUAGGGAGAUGACAUUCCAAUGACAUGGCCUGUUGUGAUUCAAGAAAUAGGGGAGAUGCAAAAAGCCCAUGGGAGGAGGUAAGCAGAGAAAAUAUCCAGUGAUGGCUUUCAGAAAUUAGGAGGGCCUUUUGGUGGGGCAGUAGCAAGGCUCACUGUGUGGAAUCAGAGCCUGGGACUUCUUAGUACCUUGAUAAUGACCAUGAUGAGUAUCCUGUGUAACUAAGCAGUAGACCAAGGAAAUAACCAGGAAAAAGAAUAUGAAGUGAUAAGUCAGCAUUGAUAGCAGGAAUGUAAAAUCACGUCUCUAAACUUGAUUGGAAGGGAAUGUGGCUUUUCUGUUUGGGUUCCUUUUAUAUUCUUGUCCACAUCCUUGUUUAAUUUCAAUGCCCACUCAAACACAUAGGUAAGAAAAAUGAUUUGGGCCCGUGCAGUAGAGGCCUGGUGCCUGGGCGUAGCCAUUUCUCAAUCAUACAUGGAGUGAACUUGUUGGCAUCACACUGACGAACUCCUGAGGGAAGGAGAGAAACCUGACCCUGACUUGCUGUAGCUCCUGCCUCACAGAGUUCAUAACUCACGGGGAUGUGUUCUGACACCACCUCCACGUCCUCUGUGAUUAAAUCUGAAUUUUUGAGUCCAGAUGCUUUUAAGUUAAUUUUAUAAUGAACUACUUUGAUAACACCAAGAAGUAUGUAUGGACUCUAAUCUUUUUUUUUUAAAGAUUUUAUUUAUUUAUUCGACAGAGAUAGAGACAGCCAGCGAGAGAAGGAACACAAGCAGGGAGUGGGAGAGGAAGA